GGUUGGGAGUUGUUUGUGCUUGGUUUAAAAGUAAAUCAGGGAUUUGUGUAAUCAUUUAUUUUAGAGCUUUAUUAUGUGUAGGUCUAUGAGGUGGUGAUUAGAACUGGAUUUCAUAAACUGUGUAUUCAGGGAGCACAGCAGAUGAAGACAGCAGCAUGUUCUCCCUAUUGUAAUACUCCUGCAGAGAGGUUUUGCUGAAGAUUGCUCAGUUACCUUGCUGGAUUCCAGAUCAGUUCAGGGAGAACUGGGGUGGAUAGCAAGUCCCCUGGAAGGAGGGUGGGAAGAAGUGAGCAUUAUGGAUGAGAAGAACACUCCGAUCCGCACCUAUCAAGUCUGCAAUGUGAUGGAGCCCAGUCAGAAUAAUUGGUUACGAACUGAUUGGAUUCCCCGUGAGGGGGCUCAAAGGGUAUAUAUUGAAAUCAAGUUCACGCUAAGAGACUGCAACAGCCUGCCAGGUGUCAUGGGAACUUGCAAAGAGACAUUCAACCUUUAUUACUAUGAAUCAAACAAUGAUAAGGAGCGUUUCAUUCGAGAGAGCCAGUUUGCCAAGAUUGACACCAUUGCUGCUGAUGAGAGCUUCACCCAAGUGGACAUUGGUGACAGGAUCAUGAAGCUGAAUACAGAGAUACGGGAUGUCGGACCACUCAGCAAGAAAGGGUUUUACUUGGCUUUUCAGGAUGUUGGUGCCUGCAUCGCUUUGGUGUCUGUUCGUGUCUUCUAUAAGAAGUGCCCAUUGACAGUUCGAAACCUGGCGCAGUUUCCAGACACCAUUACUGGGGCUGAUACAUCCUCUCUGGUGGAGGUUCGUGGCUCCUGUGUCAACAACUCUGAAGAGAAGGAUGUGCCAAAAAUGUACUGUGGGGCAGAUGGUGAAUGGCUGGUGCCCAUUGGCAAUUGUCUGUGCAACGCUGGCUAUGAAGAAAGUAACGGUGAAUGCCAAGCUUGCAAAAUCGGAUACUACAAGGCUCUCUCGACAGAUGUUGCUUGUGCCAAAUGCCCGCCUCACAGCUACUCCAUCUGGGAAGGCUCUACCUCCUGCACCUGCGACCGGGGCUUUUUCCGAGCUGAAAAUGAUGCAGCUUCCAUGCCCUGCACUCGCCCUCCUUCUGCUCCCCAGAACCUGAUUUCCAAUGUCAAUGAGACAUCAGUGAACUUGGAAUGGAGCCCCCCGCAGAACAAAGGUGGUCGGGAAGAUGUCUCCUACAAUGUGGUGUGCAAGAGGUGCGGAGCUGGUGACCUCAGCCGCUGCCGGUCCUGUGGCAGUGGUGUGCACUUCAGCCCCCAGCAGAAUGGCUUGAAAACCACCAAAGUCUCCAUUACUGACCUCCUGGCACACACUAACUACACCUUUGAAGUCUGGGCAGUGAAUGGAGUGUCCAAGCAAAAUCCCAGCCAGGACCAAGCUGUGUCAGUCACUGUGACAACUAACCAAGCAGCUCCAUCACCAAUUGCUUUGAUCCAGGCUAAAGAGAUAACGCGGCACAGUGUUGCCUUGGCUUGGCUGGAACCUGACAGGCCAAAUGGAGUCAUCCUGGAGUAUGAAGUCAAAUACUAUGAAAAGGACCAAAAUGAACGCAGCUAUCGCAUUGUGAAGACAGCCUCCAGGAAUACUGACAUCAAAGGGUUGAACCCUCUGACUUCAUAUGUAUUUCAUGUGCGGGCCAGGACAGCAGCAGGAUACGGAGACUUCAGUGGACCAUUUGAGUUCACAACUAACACAGUUCCUUCCCCCAUCAUUGGUGAUGGUACCAAUCCCACAGUGCUUCUUGUUUCAGUGGCUGGCAGUGUUGUUCUUGUGGUCAUUCUCAUUGCAGCCUUUGUCAUCAGCAGGAGGCGCAGUAAGUACAGUAAGGCUAAGCAAGAGGCAGAUGAGGAGAAACAUUUGAACCAAGGUGUUAGAACAUAUGUGGAUCCUUUUACAUAUGAGGAUCCAAACCAAGCUGUGAGGGAAUUUGCCAAAGAAAUUGAUGCCUCCUGUAUAAAGAUUGAAAAAGUUAUUGGUGUGGGAGAAUUUGGUGAAGUAUGCAGUGGACGUCUCAAAGUACCAGGAAAAAGAGAGAUCUGUGUUGCUAUCAAGACUCUAAAAGCUGGUUACACUGAUAAACAGAGGAGAGACUUCCUGAGUGAAGCCAGUAUCAUGGGACAAUUUGACCACCCCAAUAUCAUCCACUUGGAAGGUGUAGUUACUAAAUGUAAACCGGUAAUGAUCAUAACUGAGUACAUGGAGAAUGGCUCCUUGGAUGCCUUCCUCAGGAAGAAUGAUGGCAGAUUUACAGUCAUCCAGUUGGUGGGGAUGCUUCGUGGCAUUGGCUCAGGAAUGAAGUAUCUGUCUGACAUGAGCUAUGUGCAUCGGGAUCUAGCUGCUCGAAACAUACUAGUCAACAGCAACUUGGUCUGCAAAGUGUCUGACUUUGGCAUGUCCCGCGUCCUGGAAGAUGACCCUGAAGCAGCUUAUACCACACGGGGUGGCAAGAUCCCCAUCAGGUGGACUGCACCAGAGGCAAUUGCCUACCGUAAAUUUACAUCAGCUAGUGAUGUGUGGAGCUAUGGCAUCGUCAUGUGGGAAGUGAUGUCCUAUGGAGAAAGACCUUACUGGGAUAUGUCCAAUCAAGAUGUUAUUAAAGCCAUUGAAGAAGGAUAUCGGUUGCCACCCCCAAUGGACUGCCCCAUUGCUCUCCAUCAGCUGAUGUUAGACUGCUGGCAGAAGGAACGCAGUGACAGGCCUAAAUUUGGACAGAUUGUCAACAUGCUGGACAAACUCAUCCGCAACCCCAACAGCCUGAAGAGGACAGGCAGCGAGAGCUCCAGACCUAACACAGCCCUGCUGGAUCCCAGCUCCCCUGAGUUCUCAGCGGUUGUUUCUGUCAGUGACUGGCUCCAAGCCAUUAAAAUGGAGCGAUACAAGGAUAACUUCACAGCUGCUGGCUAUACCACCCUAGAGGCUGUGGUGCAUAUGAACCAGGAUGACCUGGCGAGGAUUGGGAUCACUGCCAUCACGCACCAGAACAAGAUAUUGAGCAGUGUUCAAGCAAUGCGCACCCAAAUGCAGCAGAUGCACGGCAGGAUGGUCCCCGUCUGAGCCAGUACUGAAUAAACUCAAAACUCUUGAAAUUAGUUUACCUCAUCCAUGCACUUUAAUUGAAGAACUGCACUUUUUUUACUUCGUCUCCUCGCCCUUCGAAAUAAAGAUCUGCAGUAUUGCUUGAUGUACAGAUUGUGGAAACCGACCGUGUGUGUUGGGAGGGGAGCCUCCAGAAAUGACAAGCCGUCAUUUUAAACGAGACCUGGAACAAAUUGUUUCUUGGAACAUACUUCUCUGUUGAUCAACGAUAUGUAAAAUACAUGUAUCUAUAUAAAUAUAAAGUCACAUUCAAGUUUUGAUGCUAUGUUUGCUGCCAGAUACUGUGCUUAAAAAACAAAACUGAAAUUAUUUUCUUUCUCCCUAUGACCCGUAGGAUUACAACCAUAGUGUUUUAUUUGUGGGUGAAACCACCGUUGUGCAUCUUUCACUGGAAUGAAGACUCUGCCCUUGGAUAUUUUUUGCAGACUUGAUGCGUCACUAAUACCUUGCAGAAACCUCAGUGAGAGUAUCAUUGGGCUAAUCAGUGCCUGCCGAUUAGUGAUCUACUCAUUUAUGGGCUUGAGACAUGAUAUGACCCAUCUCGUGGAUUACUGGGCAAAACUGGACUUUUGGGGAGUUUAUUGGCUGUUGUGCUGUGCUGAAGCCUGCCACUUAGAGACUUUUUGUGAACAUCUUGCCAGUAGUCAGCUGUGACAAUCGUGGCUGUGGAGCUUUCAGACUUUUUUUCCUCUUUCAAGAAGCAAUUCUCGUUGCCACUUGAAGAAGGGCAAUUAGAUUUUGCUUUCACGUCCUUAUAGCUCAUCCUAUUGAUCAUAUUGACCACGGAGGAACAUAGACUAGCCUUCUGGAUCUACAGUUUUGCGUCUUCCGUAGCACUGAUUCUGGAGAGCACAUGCUGAACAGUCACCAGUCGCUGAAGAGAGCUUGACUUUUACUUUCUCUUUUUUUUUUCAUGUGCCACCCACUCCAGGGUUUUUUCUUCAUUGGGAGCUAACUAACUCAUUAAGACUCAGCACCCAGUUGUCACUUGAGGAAUGUACUGUGUCAAAGCCCUGCAGACUUCUGGAUGUUUGUUGUUUUUUUUUUCCCUCCCCUUUUGCUUUCUCUUCCUACCUUUGGUUUUAUUUAUAUAUUUUGUUAUUUUCUCUCCUCAUCCACCUGGCUGUCACUGCUGCAUCACGGAUGGAUGCAGAUGACGGAGCACUACACAUCUUACCGUGGACACCAGACUAGGUGCAGCAGCAAAGAACCCAGUUCCUGUGAGCUGCCCAUAUCCAUUACUGAAGUGACAUUUUACACAAAAUGUGCCAUUGCAGUGAUAUAAAUAUAUUUUUUUUCCUUGAAUGGAUAAUGAAUUAGUAUCUCCUCUGAAAGGUGCGUUUGUGUGCUUGUGUGCGUGUGUUUGUGUGCGAGUCACCUCCUGUGUAGAACUGCCUGUGAAUGUGCCGACAGCAUCUCUGGAGGCGCAGGAGUCCCCUGUCAUAAGAGAGCAGGCCCAUAGCUCGUGUCUGCCAUGGUAGUGAGAACACACACAGUAAAAAGAUGUUUAAAUUUCUCUAUCUACAAGUGUAUUUUUUAGCUGCCACACUCACCUUAAUGAGUAGUUCUACAGCCUGAAAUGGGCAAUUUCAAGUUAGUUUUGGAGUUACAAAUUAUGGGCUCCAUAAGGGUGCUAAAGAUAUUCUGAAGUGUUAUUUGUAUUUAAUGCCCAGAUCAGAUUCAUGAUCAAAAAUGACCAGUUUCUCAAUGGCAAGGUGAUGGAGGCAACACCUGCAUAUCCAUCCACUGGUAACCCUGAACCGAACUCUUAAGUAGCCUUUUUUAUCUGCAAAAAUAGGAUUUUAAAGACUUGUUGAAUGCAAACAAAUAUAUGCAAUUCUUCAGUUCACAGAAGCACCUUGCUCUGUGUGCAAGCUGUGAAAACUUCUCACGUAAUAAUCAAAACGAUUCAUUUGCUCUCAGCGAAGUUAAAGAACAAUAAUGCAACAAGACUUUUAAGGUUACAGUAGUUAGCAAGAGAGUUGUGAAAUGUGUCCUGUUCCUCUUGCGGGUGAUGAAGAGAUGGUGAAGUGCAGUAGAAGGCACUCUUUCUUUCAUGGCCUGAGGAGCAGUGCUGCAGUUUACUGGUACUACCUAGGAAAGCUUUCUGUGUUUGGAGAAUUCACUGUCAGUUUGAGAAGAGCUGUGCCCCAGAGGCCAGGGAACAUUACAGCCACUAGGGAUUUGGAGCAGGGCAGGUGAUGCUCCCCACUUGCUUCCUGGCCAUGGGGAGCUAGCAUCUGCCAUGGUACCCGGUGCAGCACAGCCAACUGCCAUGGGGCAGGGUUUCACUCCAGCAGACAUGGGGGAGGCUGGAUCCGCUAUAUUAAAAGCGAGUGCAGCCUUGACCAGAGCCGUAAAGUGAUGUCCCAAAGUCGCUCCAACUUUCUCCUGUUUUCCCUCCUCAUGGGCCCUCCAAGCUCACUGUUAACCGUAGCUGUGCCUGCAGGGUCAUAAAA